UAUCGCCCGAAGAAAACAAAAAAACAGAGAGAAUAUCAGAGCAGGCAGUUGGGCAGUGGUGAGUAAGCGAAGCUUUGACGGAGGAGACGACAAUGGCGAACCCUAGAAGGACCUCAAUUUCGUUGUUAUCUUCAAGCAAUCCACAAAGCUUAGAGACUCCAUUUCACAUUCAAUCCCAUGGCCGAACUCUUUCUCUCUCGUUACGCUUCUUAUUCUCGUUUCUGAAGAACUUUCUGAAGAAGCCUCACGCGUUCCCUUUCUUGCUCUCUGUUUUCCUGUUACUCACAUGGAUUUCUCUCAGAAUCCAGCACUCUUCUUCUCAAUUCUCCUCUCCUGAUUCCUCCCGCUUUGAACAGAAUCCUGAUUCGUGGAGCAAGGACGGCGAUCUCAAGGCCAACCUCGUUCGCUUCAAGUCUGGAUUUCCUUCCCCGAUUUCCAGGGACAAAAGGGGCUGGCUACUCGAUCCUAUUUCCCUUGCGCUUGAUUCUGGAAUUCCUGGUGGAGCAGUGUCCUGUGCUUCUGUUCAUAUUGGGGAAAUUCAACCUGGUGCUAUGAGGGGAAACCACAGACAUCAUACAUGUAACGAGACAUUUGUCCUAUGGGGGGCUACAACAAAAUUCAGGUUGGAGAACAGCAAGGUAGGCGAUAAGGGAUAUGCUGAAGUGAUAAUCAGUGCGGAUGAGGUUGCUGUUGCAGCAAGUCCAAGAGGAACAGCCCAUGCACUGAUAAACAUGGAUCCCGUUCGGACUACAUUAUUUCUGGGGUGUCAAGAUGGUAUUAUAAACUAUAAUAGUUCGACUUCAGAUUUUAAAGUUUGGAAAGAUCUUUAGUUGCAAUAAGCUAUCUUAAUUCAGCCCCUAUUUAGGUCUCGGUAAGAAUAUUCUUCGGCUGUUCUUCAUCCCUUCUAUUUCCCUUUUCCUAAAAUUCGAUCUCUUGUUUUUCACAUUUGGAGAUUUUUUUUGCUAGGUGGAGGGGAUAGCAUUGUAUUUCAAAUUUAGGAAAUUUGUGAUCAAGUUGUCGUGAGGUGAGAUAAAUUAUUACAUCUUUGUAUACAGUAUUCUUUAUAAUGUAUGAAGUACACUAAAGUCUAAAAGCACAAUGGUUCUCUGGAUCUAUGAAGGCUUCAAUGUGAUAAAGUUCAUAAUAAAUAAAAUGUAUAUGCACAAUUAUACAUAAUAUUAGUAAUUAGUAUCAAUCAUGAUAUAGAGCAAAUGAAAGUCGAGCAUUACGUUCAACCUCUACAGUACAAAAUUACAUUAGAAGUCGUCAUCGAAGUAGGAUUUCAUCCCUAUUUUCUCCCAUCAUUAGACUUAUAGCCCCUCCACAUUUUCCUCUUCUAGUAUCAUUUUUCAUGUGCCUCCACAAGUAUUGGUGGGAGGGAGGAACGGAGCUUGGAGAGAGAAUGUCAAAUGGAGAAGAUUAAUCCACAGUUCUUGCCCAAGUAUUUCAUAUAUAUAUUU